AUGUGAUCCAAGUGUAUUGUUCUGGUGGAUUUUGUUCUAUAGUUUGUCGACGGAUUUUGUGUUUACUGUGCUUUCAUUACAGUUUUUAAAUGUUUAAAUUACAAGAAAAACUAGCCUCUAAAUUACGACAAUAAACUCGUUUUAAAGCUUUUCUUUUUGUUUAAACCGGAAAAUUUGUUUAACGAGAAGAUUACUAUGCAUUAUAAUAAAAUAAAAUACCUUGUUUAUAUGGAUUUAGUUACAACUUUAUUGCAGUGUUGAUGACUCCGACCGAAAAGUAUCAAAAGUGUUCGCUCUCAUUCCGGUUUUUUAUAGUAUUUAAAUCUGUUUCCAAACGUAAAUUUUCUAUGAAUCUUUACGCAACCGCCGCGAAAAUCCCAUUGAAAACCACCAAUAACCAUAAAAACGAGUGAAAGUAAACGUAUAACUUGACCAUAAAAACCAUAACUCUUUUAUAUCGGAACCGGUUGAUGGUGUAACGCGAUGGAAAACCGCUCGUUAUAAAUGUGUUAAUUUGUGUAGAAAAGGGUGUUAAUGAGCGCAUGAUCGAUUUUAACCGAUUUUCGAAGUGCCAGUGAGUUGGUGGGCCGAACAACAUGAGUGUUCCUAAUUUGAACAUCGUGCAAAUUACAGAGAUCGAAGCGGCGGAGGCGUGCAAAUGGCUACGAGCCGCCGGCUUCCCGCAGUACGCCCAGAUGUACGAAGACCUCCAGUUCCCCAUCGACGUGUCAGGCGUACAGAACGACCAUCCGUUCCUGGACGCGGAUUCUUUGCAGUCUCUCUUCAGGCGGCUGACUGCGCUCAACCGAUGCGCCACCAUGAAGCUAGAGCACCAUCAUCAUCAGAAGAGAUCGAACGACUCUGACGAUGACCAGUGCGCGCUCAGCGACAAAUGGCAGUACGAGAGGAAGUCGCGGCGGUGGUCGCGAGUCGUCGAGAUCACGCCGCAGGCGCAGAGGCGGUUACAGGUGAUAGCCGCAAGAGCGAUAGCAGAGAGAGAGGCCAGAGAAGCGAGAGGGGAAGAGGAGGAUGAUGAGGACGACACUCUGCCCACCAUCAGGGUUGGACUGGUCGACGCUGAUGGCCACUACACAGAUGUUGAACCUGACUUACUAACAGUACCAGGCCAACCAAUGAUACAGUUACCAAGUGACAAAGAAGAUGAAGAAGAUAACGGCACUAGAUUUAGAAGAACGGGCUCAGAACGACUCCGGGACGGCGCAAAAGCCUUGCUCAGACGAGUAGAAUCUCUCAAGACUAGGAGAAGAAAACGGCAAAACAGAACCGAAGUCAUCGUCUCCUCUCCUCACUUCUUAGAUACACAAACAGAUCGAUAUCCAGAUUUAAAUUAUAUCGACAUGACUCCCACAACUCCUACAGCGUUUCCUUUUCCAGAUUUUGCUAGUUCUCCUUUACAUGCACCAGCUAUUCGAACUCAACCUCCUUCACCUAUGACCAUUAUGCCACCAUCUCCCAUCGCUCCUCUGGAGCAGUCUUUUGUUUUAAAUCCUCCUUUUGGCGAUGAUAGCUCUAGUUAUGCGUCAGAUGGAAGUAUGGGGUCAAGUAAUAAGAGUUCUAAGUCAAAAUUGGGAAAGGCGAAGCGGAUAUUUCACAGAGGGAUCAAGAAUGAUGACUCCAGCGCAUUGAGUGACUCGGAAUGCCAACCGGCGAGUUGGAGACAUAAUUAUUAUAGAGAUCAUAAUACUCAUCACAAUACUGAGGUGUACGUAGAACCUCCGUCACCGAUAGAACUAAAGCCAGACCCGGCAGUGCUGAAGGAGGUGCAGAAGUCCCCUGGACACACGACGCACAGGCGGCAGGCAAUUCGCACCAGCUCUCUAAACCUGGGGAAAGACGGACAGAAAUUUCGAGACAGAAGUUUGAAGAGAGAUAAGUCGGCGUCGAGAAGUUCUGAACUCGAGGGUAGUCCGAAUUCUGCUGGGUCGCGGUCACACGACGGUGACCAGGAUGACGAUGAUGACAGCGUUGACAGCAAAUCUAAGAAGAAUAACAUUCAGAGGUGGUAUUCCUUCCGGACGACUACGCUGAACGGAGGUCCCAAGGCCCACAAUACCCUGCAGCCAGUAACCAAUCAAAAGGAUCCGGAGGCCUAUUUGUCUCGGCCAAUGUCAUCUUUAUCCUGCGGGCAGCUACACAUUCUCCGAAAACUGGCACUCCUUCGACUAACCGCGUGUAUGGAGCGGUACUGCCCUUCACACAAGUCCGGUUGGAACUGGGAAUUACCAAAGCUAAUUAGAAAGAUCAAGACUCCUGAUUAUAAAGAUAAAACCGUAUUCGGCGUGCCGCUAACCGUGUCGCUGCAGAGGACAGGCCAUUCUUUGCCCAAGCCCAUACAGUGUGCGCUCAACUGGCUGAAAAACAACGCCCUCGACCAGAUGGGGAUUUUUCGGAAAGCCGGCGUCAAGUCUCGAAUAGCAAAGCUACGGACAAUAGUGGAAAGCGCAGGGGCAGUGAACGCUGCCUUUGCUAUCGAGAACAUGAACACAGUGGACCCUCACCAGUCGAGCCUGAACUUUGACAGCGCGCAAGCGCACGACGUGGCUGAUAUGGUGAAACAGUACUUCAGGGAGCUGCCUGAUGCGCUGCUGACGAAUAAGCUUAGCGAGACGUUUAUUGCGAUAUUUCAACACGUACCCGAACCUCUCAGGCCGGACGCGGUGCAGUGUGCAUUACUCUUACUUCCCGAAGAACACUUGGAGGCGUUGCAGUCGCUACUCAUAUUCCUAGCUGAGGUUGCGGAGCAUUCGGCCGUGAAUCAAAUGACAGCGUCUAACUUGGCUGUAUGUUUGGCCCCUACUCUGCUGAGGCUACAUCACGCGCCGCCUCAGACCGGUAGUACAAAGGAAGGAAAUUCGAAUAGAAUGGUGAUAGAAAGUGUGGCCGACCAGCGGCAAAUCAGUGAAAGUCGCGCAGCUCAUGCAUGUCUCCUGCUACUGAUUCAGAAGCAUCAACAGUUGUUCCUGGCACCAGCAGACAUGCUGGCGCGAUGCAAGUUCAACUACUUCGAGGAGAGUGUACCUGUAGCACUAGAAGAAUUAGGAGCAGAUUUCAACCAAGACUGGAAAGGUUUUCAACAAGCCUGCAUCAAAGCUUUACUAAAAGAAGCCAAAGAAAAAACGAGAGGAUGGAUGUCAGUGUCCGGAGCAGCGCCGCACGUGGAGCUGUGCUGCAAGAAAGUCGGCGAUGGUCACCCUCUGCGGCUGUGGAGGGCUACCACUGACGUGGAAGCACCGCCGCAGGAGGUCAUGCAGAGAAUUCUUCGCGAACGUCACAUAUGGGACGACUCGUUAGUGAAAUGGCGGGUGGCAGAGAAGCUUGGCACGAACGCAGAAGUGUUCCAGUUCAUAACCGCCUCGAGUAUCAACUUACCGCCAAGAGAUUACUGUGUUUUAAGAUCCUGGCAGCAAGGCGGCGGGGGUGGCGGCGGCGGGGGCGGCUGGUGCGCGGUGGCGGAGACGUCGGUGGCGCACGGCAGCCCGCCCGCGGACGGCUCGCGCGGCGUCGUGCUCGCCUCGCGCUACCUCGCGCAGCCCGCCGGCAAGGGCCGCAGCCGCCUCGUGCAUCUGGCCAGGGUUGACACUAUGGGACGAACGCCAGAAUGGUACAACAAAUGUUACGGCCAUAUAUGUGCGUUAUAUUUGGCUCGCAUCCGGGCCUCGUUCAAACACAACACCGAGGACCAGAGUCGAAUGUAUGAUCCAAGCAUUCCACUUAAGCCGGCCAAAUAGUGCCAGCUUAAGUUUGACGUGAAGGGACGUCAGUGUGUACAUAGCCUUAUUUUAAAGGCAUAAAUUCUGAGAUCGGACAGUUGGGCGUCAUUUGUAUGACGUUUUCGGAAUAAUUAACCUUAUGUUGUCAGAAUGACGCCCAGUUGUCCGAUCUCUGGGCAUAAUUUUAAGCUUCGGGGAAUUCCUUAAAACAAUGCAUAGGCUCGUGCAUCAUGAGAUGUAUCAAUGUAGAUGAUACAUCAUAGUUCUAAACACAAGGGAAUUACUUAGUAAGAAUAUUAAGGAUGAAAAAUUGUUAUUACUCAUUGUACUGAAGGGACUUUUCUUGUAAUUGUUAUAUGAACACACUAGGGAGUAUGGAUGCAUUGUUAAAGAAAAAUCUAGAGGUUCUAUAAACCUAUUAAACAAAAACAAAUACAAUUGAAAAACCAUCGAUUCGCUUUGGAUACUUUAAAUCGUACAUUUUCAUUUAUGAAAUAAUUAAUAGCACCUAUUUUAUCACUUGACUAAACUUGACUUGUUUCCUCAGUAAUAAAUAGGUAAGGUAGAUUUUCUGUUACCUCUUCCAUGACAUCUAAGCAAUGAGUAGGUAUAUUGCCGUUUUCGCUAAACAAAUAUUUUAAUCAAGUUUGUAAAACAAAAACACUGUAGUAGUACAGUACCUAUAUGUAUGUUGACAAAGUAUACCUACCUACAUAUACCUUCACCUUAUUAAACAGUUAAAGGUGGUAUUUAAUACAUAUUAUUUGACAUUGAUUAACUAAGCUACAACGUAUGUGACUUCAUGUGGUGUACAUAUUGUUCAAAAGUUAAACCUGAAGAUCUGGAGAACUUUUAUUAGGUAUAAAAGUUUAAAAAUGUAUGAAUAGUAGGCAUACUGAGAACAGAGACUUGAGCGUCUUUACAUUCUGAGACUAUUUCAUGAAUCAUCCUGAAUUUUUCUUAAGAAAUACAAAAAACGAUUCACGCGCGUGUAUCUCCUAAUGUUGUUUUUACGCUAUGUUCUAUGAUAUAGGUACAUGUGUGUUUUUUGUAAAUUUGUGCGAGUGACCAAAAUUAUAGUCUUCUUGAUUCUAGGUGUGUCUGAGUGUAAUGCAUAAUAAAAAUAGUUGUAAGAUGAAUGUUCAAAACCUACCUCCAUAUUCAAGAUUGUUUUGCCCUAGUUAAAUUCCCUAGUAAAGGGACCUACCAAAAAGCCUGAAAUAUAUUUAAUAAUUAGUUUAUCUGUAAUUAGUUAGUUAUAUUUAAAAUUACCAUCGUGAUGUUAGUUUCCCCAUGGUGCAUACAAUAUUAAGAUUAAAUAUUAUACUAAAAUCAACAAUCUCAAAUACUUGCGGAUCACUUUACCAUACCUUCGUGUUAAUGUUGUUGUUACAUAUCACUAGUCAUAUAUAUUUAAAUAAAUAACAAUAAAUAUAUGAAUUUUAAACACAUAAUAACUGUACCUGUCCUGUGUUCAGGAAUAGUAUUAAAUUGUAUUUAUGAUAUAUUCAUUACUAUUAAUAAUAUUAAUAUAUAAAUAAAUAUUGAAUCCUUUAUUAUAAUUAUGGGUACACUAUAAAAUGAAUAAUCUUCAAUGUGAAUAUUUUUAAAGGAACUAAUGUUGAUUGACAUUUUAUAUGUAAAAAGUCUGAAUAUAAUUGUAUAUAAAUUGUUAGUGUAUUUAGUUACAUUUCAUCACAAUUCUCUUUAUAAAAGUAUUCUAGAAAAACAUGUUUUUCAGCACAAGUUUUAUUAGACCGAUACUUUAGGCAAAAUAAAAAGAAUAUUCUUUAGUACAUUUCAUAUGAAAAUAUCAAAUAAAGAUAUAGUAUAAUAGUAAAACAAUAUGUUAUGUGUUUCAUAAAUAUGUUAUUAAAAUAUUUCAUAACACCAGGCAAAUAAAAAUACAUUUCCGUAUUACGAAUAUUUUUUAUACCUAAGAUUACUGUAAAGUGGCCAGUAUACAUUUUGCUUAGUUGUUUACAUGUGUUUAUAUCAAAUAAAUCUUAUUGAGCCAUAAUUAUGAAACACAGGAUAUAUAUUAUAUUCCUUUACGUUUCCCUCGAAAAACAAAUUCAAACCAAAAAAUCACAUUAUGGAGAUACUUAUAUAAAAUAAAUAAUAUAAAUAUAUAUAGAUUAAAUAUUUGUAAAUAUAUUUACAUAGAAUAAAAAAUAUUUAGGUACCUAGGUAACGUGUUGUAAUCUCAAUUUAAAAAGGGGUCUUAGUCACAUUCUUACUACAUGUUACAGUAUUUGGAAUUUUUGAAGUUGUGUUAGUAGGAAUGUGAACAAUGCCCGUCAUAUUACUAUAAAAUUAGUUACCUGCCAAAAACACAGUAAGAUUAUAAAAACUUAUUGUCUGACAUUACAAAAUAUUGUCACAUAAUCAUUAUUGUAGCUAUUUUAGAAUUCUGGAAAGUAUUUGACAAUAUUGCAAAGACCAGUAGUUUUCAGAUAUUAAAUAAAUAGACCUAUUAAAACUAUUCUUAUACAAUAGGAAUAAGUUAUGAUCAAAAUUAUGGUAUCAAAUUCGAAAUUGCAUUGUGGUUAAUUGCCUAUUUAGUGAUAUUUACACUUGUACAGUCAGCAUCAAAUAUACAGCUGUACUGUCAGAUAACCUUAGAGGCCUAAUAUAUCGCAAUCCAUCUUUAUUACUAUUGUAACAAAGAUGUGUUUGUAUUAUAUAUGGCUACUUUAGCAGAUUAUUGUGCUGACUCUACAAUUCAUUUAGAACAAAUAUAAAUUAUUUACUACCAUUAAAAUAAACAUUCAUUGUAAUUACAUAAUUUCCAAAACAUUUAAGAAUACAUUCAGAUUGAUCGUCAAUAUUAUGUCGUAGGUGAAUUGAAUUAUAUACCUAUGCACAAUAAACUGGUAAGUAUUACAUAAAUAGCAAAUAAGUUAUUGAAAUAUUCACCGUUAAUACUCCAAAAUAUCUGUUAUAUUAAUGUGUAAAAUAAUUAUACCUUAUUACAUUGUGAUUUUAUUCUAUAUGAAAUAUAUGGACCAUUAC